AUGGACAUAUUAGCAAAACAAAUGCAAGAGUUUGUUCGUGAGCCGGAGGACCAGAACACUUUUGAGGCCUGGUACACCAGAUACCAAGACAUUUUUGAAGAAGACGCCAAGCAACUGAGUGACGCAGACAAAACGAGGCUUUUGUUACGCAAGGUUAGUUCCGCAGUUUGCCAGCAGUAUGCCAAUGUAAUUCUGCCGACUAAACCAAGCGAAAUUAACUUCAGCACCACCGUGAGCAAAUUAACAGCAAUGUUUGGGGAGAAGCAAUCACUUUUCAACAUACGCUUCAAAGUUUUUCAAAUCGUAAAGAACGACGUAGAAGACUACAUUGCAUACAUUGCAAGGGUUAAUCGGCAAUGCGAAAAAUUCCAGCUCGACAAAUUUAGCAAAGAUAAUUUGAAGUGCUUGAUAUUUGUAAGCGGCUUACAAACAUCGAAAGACGCAAGUUUCCGCAACGAAAUACUCAAAAUGCUCGAUGAAGAAAAACCAGAUAAACCAUUUACUCUGGACAAAACAAAUGCAGAAAUUCAACGCACGCUUCAACGUCAGCAGGACAUAAAGAUGAUAGGUAAUAACCAAGCCGUAACACAUGCAAUUCAUACGCAGCAGAAUGGCACAGGCCAGCAGCAAAAGCAGUGUGUGGAAAAGGCACAGAAAACACCACCUUCUCCAUGUUGGUUUUGCGGAGGUGUGCACUAUGCUCGGUAUUGUACAUAUGCGAGUCACAAAUGUAACCAAUGCGGAACCGUGGGCCACAAAGAAGGCUACUGUAAUGUAAGUAAACGCAAACCACCCAAACGCAGUCUGCAAAAACAAAAUCCACCGAAGACGCAACAAAAACAGCAAAACCAGAAACCACACGAAAAAACAACAAAGCCAGCUGACACAAUGGCAAAAACUAGAAAAAUAAUAGAUUUCGCGCAACGUAGAAAACACAUAGACAUAGAAGUGUGUGAAAACGUUAAGAAGCCAGUUUUAAGUACAACAAAGCAUUCUGCACGUGACGCAAAUCGCAACAAAAUCGACUUCCAAGGCGAGUUUACUGCACACAUUGCACAUAAAGGCGAUGUAAAGCAAAAUUAG